AUGAUACCAAAAGAAUUCGCUCGCGAUACUCAAAUCAUUACAUUCGACGCUAACGGGCAAGAAACCCCGGUUCCUGUGCCCACUGGGACGGACAUCUUGCUCAAUGUUGUCGCCCUUCAUAACAAUCCUAAGUACUGGGAUGACCCGUAUACAUUCCGACCAGAGCGAUUCCUCGGGGACUAUAACAGAUAUGCCUGGCUGCCUUUUUCGGCUUGUCCCAGAGCGUGCAUAGGGCGUCGGUUUGCGGAAGUGGAAAUGCUCGCAGUGCUGGCUCUCAUCGUUCAGCGAUACGAGAUUACACCAGCUCACAAACCCGAGUUUGUUCAUGAGACAGAAAAAGAAAGGCAAGCACGUCUGACAGAUAUCGGAAAGGUCUCCUUUGUCAUCCAGGCACAAAAUGUUGGGCUUACCCUGCAGAGGCGUGAUCUCGAGCAUUUAUAA